AUGACUCAGCCAAUUCAUUUGUACAGCGCUACGCCCCAUGACUUGAGCAUCUACGGAAGUUUCACGAAAGGGAUAUAUCGGGAUGGAUACCCCACGAUAGAUCCGACUCGUCCAGAGCUCUCGCAGAAUGGGAAGGUUUUCAUGAUAACAGGAACAUCCAAGGGCAUAGGCAGAGAUAAGCUCCAAAAACGAAAGAUCGUCUAUGUCAGUUCGGGGAUAAGCUAUAUCGUCAAUCCCGGUCAGUCCGCCUACUCUUUCUCCAAGCUUAUCAUCAACCAGUUGGCCGCGUACGCCCAUGCUGAGAGCAACGAAGAGAUCCAAGUGCAAGCCAUUGCUGUUCAUCCAGGUAUUUUUGUUACAGAUAUACUCGAGGAUAUAUACCGUUUCUACGCUGUGGACACCAAUGAACUUGCUGAAGGCAUAAUCAACUGGGCUGCCAGCGAUGAGGCUGAGUUUAUGAGCGGAAGAUAUACUACUGCCAACGUAAGACUUUGCGUCUCACUGCCCUGA